AUGUCGUGGUCAGGAAGAAUAUUAUCAUCAUGUGUCGUACCAAGAUUGCCUCAAGUAACACAAGUUCGUUUUCGUUAUUUUGAAGAGAGACGUCAAAAUGGUCCAGCAAUAAGACGUUUUCGUGAAAAGGAUAUAAUUGAUAUUCGUGGAUUAUUGCCACGUGAAAGUGAAGAAGCAUAUAAAACAAUGCCAUUGUAUGCACCAAAAAAUGCAUGGAGCCCAAGACGUGCAUUAUUUGGUCAAAAUGAUUACAUUGAUAUUCUUGGUGAUGAUAAUCUUCAUCCAACAAAAAUCAUAUACAGAACACCAGCAUGGUUGCGAGGUGUUUCAGGUAAUGAAUUCCAAGUUUUAUUGAGAAAGGAAAAAAUAUGGUCCAAAGGAAUAAUGCCUGUUGCAAGACCUAAAAGAUGGAUUGACAUUAAAAAACGUAUAAAAUAUCUUUACAAUUAUCUUAAUCGUAAAACUAAAACUUAUAUGAAUUAUCGUCAAUAAAUUGUUAAUUCGAAUAUAUAUAUUAAAAUAAAUAUCAAAAACAAAUUAAUUAUAUAUCAAAAGUUUUCUUCUUUUUUGCUGGCUGGCUGGCUGGCUUAA